UUCUGCUUUUUCCACUCGUCACCCGAGUUUUGCUUUUCAGUGCCGCCUUCAGAGCUGCAGGAGGAGCCGGAGCUGCUGAAGAAAUGAAUGACGUCCUGUUCCAGGUCCCCUCCUGCUCCUAGUGUCAUUUUCUACAAACCUUAAAUUUACCUCUACUCAUGUCUGGAAACACCACCAAGAUGGAACAACUCCCACUGCUAAAAAACAAACCAGGAGGACCUGAACGUGAGAACCUGGAAUCCGGAGGAACCUCCGGCACUGAGGAGACGUCCUCUGGCACUCCAGACACCAACGCGUCUCUCAGUCAAACGAAAAAAAGGAGCGCAAAGAAGAGAACUCACCAGUGCUCACAGUGUGAGAAGAGUUUUACUCACCGGCGUAACCUGCAGCUACACCAGCACGUUCACACCGGCGAGAAACCGUAUCGGUGCUCGGAGUGCGGCAAGAGCUUCACUCAGCGGGCUAACCUGCAGCUGCACCAGCACAUCCACACCGGAGAGAAACCGUACCACUGCUCAGAGUGCGGUAAGAGCUUCAGCUAUCCGAAAAGUCUCCAGAUACAUCAGCGCACCCACACAGGAGAGAAACCGUUUCCCUGCUUAGAGUGCGGCAAGAGAUUUGGUGAACAGAGUCAUCUCCGAAGACACCAGAGCAUCCACACAGGAGAAAAGCCGUAUCAGUGCUCAGAGUGCGGAAAGAGCUUCAGGAACAGAGGAACCCUCCAGACACACCGCCGCACUCACACCGGAGAGAAGCCGUAUCAGUGCUCGGAGUGCGGAAAGAGUUUUAAUCAGAUCAGUAAUCUCCGAACACACCAGCGCACCCACACAGGAGAGAAGCCGUACGACUGCUCCGAGUGCGGGAUUAGCUUCGGUGAUCGAUGCACCCUCUUAAGACACCAGCAGAUCCACACCGGAGAGAAACCGUAUUACUGCUCAGAGUGUGGGUGGAGCUUCAGACAUUCAAGCACUUUGAAGAAACACAAGUGCAUCAAGAUCACUCGUGGUGUUUAUCAAAACAGUGAUUAUCAUUGUUUUUACUUUUAGAUUAACCUGCGUUGUCGCGAUUUAAAUAUCAGUCAUUAAGUUAUUAAUGCUGUGAGGAAAAACUGAUCUUGAGGGCUGGUUUGAGAACCGCUGUUCUAUAUGAUUGUGUAACUAGAACUGUUGACGUGUUUUUUCACUGCUUCAUUUGCAUAUUUCAUGGCACAAACAAGUAAGAGUAUGUAUGAUUAUCUUACUUACAGGCCAGUUUUGGUUCUGUAUAUUCAGUUCCUUAUUUCUGACCAGAACAUGGAAUGGAGUGUCCAUCUUCAUAAUAAUAAUAAUAAUAAUAUUUUAUUUGUCUCACCUUUCCAAAGCUCAGAGUUGCUGUGCAGAGCAUCAAAACCAGGCAGCAGAACAGCCAAUUAUGAAACACAAGAAUAUCCUAAAGAAAAUGAAACAAAGGGUAUGUGAAGCAGACGACACAACAAACAUGUAUGGUAAUAAAAUAAGGGGUUUCAAAAAAUAUGCACCUCCAGAAUCGAGCCAUUAUUGUUCCACUUUAGCGCCGAAUGGUGGCUUUAUUUAUUUUUUUUAAUAAUAAUGGCUCAACUGUCUAAAAAUUGGUCCCAUCAUCAGGAGGCUGUGAGUUUGAUCCCUGGUUAUGCUGCAGUCGUCCAUGGUCAGGAGUCCAAGAGAGCACAGUUGUCCUCGCUCUCUCUGGGUGGGCAGGAUGGCCCCUCUCCUGUAAGAGAAAGAAAUGUCAGCAAAUCAAAUCAAAAAGCGUAUGCGGCCUAUCUGAGAGUUGGCGUUGGUUCCCAGGAAGGAGUCCUGGUUCAUUGUGCAAAAGACAGACUCUUAUUUUCCAAGUAGGUGGACAGAUUUGGUGGGAAGACAAAGGGUUGUAUUCAACCACCAACUCCAAGGCAUCACAUGGAAUAUUAAGGCUGGACCAGCAGUUUAGGUGAGUGUUUCCAGACGCUGGUGCUGAAGGUUUGUUGACGUUUUCCUGCUUUAAAACACACUGAGCUCGUUAGUUGGAUCAGGUGUGGUGGGAGCAGAGAAAACACUAAAUCUGCAUGGUGGUGGGCGUCCAGCUGCGGGUUGGACCUGAUCUGGGCGUUGUCCUCAAACACUGAGAGCAGUGGAGAGUGAAACUGGGCUCCCAGACAAGAGAUGAAUCAGACAUAAACUUUGUUUGUGAUGGGUGUUUGCUUAUAUUUUAAUCUGUUUCUUAUUUUGUUUUUUUUUUUAAUCAUGUUUUUGCAAGACAAGUUCUUCACUAAAUGUACAAAAACACGUUGUUGUAGUAUUAUUAUGUUCGCCUAUAUGGUUGGUGCAUUUACACCCAAAUAUGUUUUUGUAAAGCAAUGAUUACAAUAUUUUUACUAGCAUUAGCUGAAUGAAUCGUUUAAGCUUGACAGACCAAACUAAAUUAUGAACCAUAUGCUGUAUUAUAAUCUUAGUGCACAUCAGUGUUUUUGUUGGAUUGCAGUUACUAAUGAAUUAUUGUGUAACAAUGCUGGAUAUAUUCUUCACUCCUAAAACUCACAGAUAAUUAAACUGGAUGCCUCACAUGAAAC